AUGCACCGGCCUGGCCCCCGGCUGCAUGAUGUGAGCCUUUACAUGCCUCAAGCCUGGGCGAUCGGCUCCAGCUGGCCUGUCGCCAUUCACAGCAAAGCAUCAAAAUCCAACGGCUGGUUCACCAUCUCGGCGGAGAUCGAGAACCUUUUACUACUCUCGAAGUUUACCCUGAACUGUGUCCACAUGUCGCUCUCUGUUUGGCCUGAAACCCACUCAGCAGUCGACUCAGACACAGCUGUUCAAAGUCGAACUGAAGUUAUCUUCACGGCCGUGGAGUUUCAGGAAGAGCCGGGCAUGUUCACCAGACUCAAUCGACGAGUGAGAGCCUUUGAUCCAGCUAGCUGGACGUUCAAUGAAGCGUUGACCCAAGCGCUCAACGAGGCGUUGAGCGAAAAAUUCAAACGAAGCUGUUUGACUUGGGAGUUCGAUGAGGCUGUUGAGCUCGCAACUAUGGCACAAAUUGAGCUGACGAUAACCUAG